CGAUUCAUCGCAUAUUUCACAAGAUGAUUCUCAAAACUUAAAUUUUCUAAAAUCUCCGUGAUUAUAAAAAACAACAUUUAUGUUCUAGGAUAAUAUUAUCCUAGAUUUUUUUUUUGUCAACAGCAAAAUGACCACGGCCUGUGCGCUUGUGUGUUUCAUUUUGCUUUCGGUUUCUGUUUUAGCAGGUUCUCAUACUUUGACGGGGCUUGCAACAUACAUUAGAGGAGAAAGUGCAUUUAGUGCUUCAUUGAUGUUGGAUGACAUCACUGUAGGAUAUUAUGAUUCAGAAACAAAGAUCUAUUUUGCAAGAGGAAAUACUACAAACGAAGAUGAUGUCAUAGAUCCAAAUAUCGUCAGGACUGCAGGUGCAAAUGUGCUUAAUCAUUUUCAAAAAAUAUCACAUCUCCUGAAACCUGCCAACGAAACAGAAAGUUAUGAAGUUCAUCAGCUGGUGACGUUUUGUGAACAGAGUGACAAUAACCUUGGACAAAUAACCACCAAAACCGCUUAUCAAGGCUCUACAUUUGAUGAACUGCAUUUUUUCGAUGGCAAAUUCACAUAUCAGCUAUUUUCAAAUUACACUGAACCAGAAAAAAUACGGAAUCUAGAACGGUCCAAGUCACGUCUUGAGAAUUUCUAUUACCCAGCCUGUAUAAAAAUGCUGACAAAUUACCUUAAAACAAGAGAAACUCAAUUAAACAGAAAAGUGAAACCGCUAGUCAGACUCAUUCAGAAAGCAAACUCAGAUUCUGGAAGGUCUCGUUUGAGUUGUCUGGCAUCAGGAUUUUACCCUCGUCACAUCAACCUGACCCUGUUCAGAGAUGGGCAGCCUGUAUCUGAUCAUGAGAUCACUGGAGGAGAUCUGCUGCCCAAUGCUGACGGGACGUACCAGAUGAGGAAGAGUGUGGAGAUCAGUGCUGCAGACAAACACAAAUACACCUGCUCUGUCACACACCUCAGUCUGGACAACACUUUGGAUUUCAGUGAAUCAAAGAAUCAACCUGUGAUCCUCUCAGUGCUGAUAGUUUUGGCUCUGGUGUUGGUGUUUGGGACUGGAGUCGUCAUAUAUAUAUAUAUAAGGAGGAAGAGACGAGCAGAUUCAUCCAGAAGUGAUUAUUCUGCUGCUCCACCUGAAGAACACACUGAAACAACAGCGUAAUCAAAUGAAAUUUCAUGACUUGAUGCUACAUGGAUCAACAUCAUCAAACAAUCAAAAAAAUGAGUUUCGACUGUUGCUUGGGUUUAUAAUGAAAUAAUAUUAUUAGUUUUUAUGUAUGCCAUUUUUAACAGUUGUCCUUAAAACACAUUGUGAUCUGCAUACAUCACAAGUGACAUCACAGAGGUGUCCGGAUGAGGAUUAGGAGAGAAGUUUACAUUUCUUUGUCUCAACUUCUACUCAUCCCGUCACACAUUUCUAUAGUUAUCAUGGUUUAUAGACCUACCUGCCUCGCCGUUCCUGGGAUGUGAGCUGUGCCUGAUAUCUGCCCAUCAUACCGGACCAGUGGCAGUCGGCCGAUGUCUGCACUUCUCAAUUGCAUCUCCAAAGAAGGGGUGUGAAUCUUCAAAAUAUUAAAUCAUUGAAGUAUGUCCAUCAGUCACAAGUAAAAACUUAUGUCUCCCACGUUAUGGUCUUGGCUAUGGCCAGAUCUGUGUCUAAUUAAAUCUGUGUCUUUUAUUUUAAAUUACUUUUUUACUAGACACAAAUUUGAUUUCUUAUUUUUAACUGAGAUCUGGACUGGAGUGGGUGAGUCGUCUGUUUUUGGUGUCCUUUAGUAAAUAAAUAAUGUUGACGUUCGAGCACUCAUGCGUUUACAGCAAAUCCAAAAUGCUGCUGCAAAAGUGAUCAAGUCGGCAAAGAAAUCUGAAUCUUUGACUCCGUUAUUCAUUUCAUUAAAGUGGUUGCCAGUAUGACUUAGAAUUGUCUAUAAAAUCCUGGUACUUGUCUUUAAGGCUAUUUGUCCGGUUUGGUGACAAUCUACACCCCCUCCAGAUCCCUGAGAUCAGAGAAUCAACAUCUGCUGUGCACUACCAGGACAAAAUAUAAACAUAGAGCUGAUAGAGCUUUCUCUCGAGCAGGCCCUAGAUUGUGGAAUGACCUCCCUCAAUCUAUUCGAUCUGCCAAAUCCUUAUACAUGUUCAAAACUGUCUUAAAACAACAUCUUUUAAAUUCAAGUGAAGAGCAUUUUUAAAGGGGUUAGUGUUUAUGUAUGUUUAUGUGCAGGCCCGUCGCGACAAGGCAGGCAAACCAAGCAAUUGCUUGGGGCCCCGAGCUGGC